AUAGAUAGAUAGAUAGAGAGAGAAAGACGAGAGAGUGGUUCAGUUAAUUAUCGCUCGGCGUGUGGUGUUCUCAGCAAUUAUCAUACGAAUCGGGAGUUAGAGCGAACGCAGUGUACGGAGCACAGCACGGUUCGGUUUUCGACCUGACGUUGCACUUGCAUUGCGUUAACCUGCUCGUCGACAGUACGUAUCGCCCGCUCCGCUAGAGCAUCACCACCAGGGGACGGCCAGUUUACGUCUCGUAAGCCGAUCUGCCGCGCCGUCAGCGUGCCUCGCCUCUUACAUGGCCAUGCUGUCGUGUGUAGUAGCGUUGUCGUUGAUGACGGCCUUCGCGAACGGCGAGAGCAUCUUAAUGACCGAGGUGUUCGUCAUUCCGAUCAGGCCGGAGACUUUCGACUGGAGCGGCGACGUACGAUCCGACCAGUUCUCGUAUCAACCCUCGCUGCUAAAUGCGCCUGAUCUGCCUUCAUGGAUUCAUUACACGUACAGUAAAAGAGAUCACCAUGGCUUCCUGUACGGUGUCGCACCCAAGGAUUGCAAAUAUUUUCAGGUGAUCCAUCCCAGAGAAAUGUCACAACUCAGUCUCAUUGAUAAUCAUAAUUUGGAUGAAUCAGUUCAAACUACAAAUUAAUAUCGGCACGACAUUGUUUUGCACAUAAUUCAACAGUAAAGUAUAAUUGGCAAAACGUAACGCAUUCCUAUUGUUGAUGUUUGAACUAAUUGAUUUAUUUGACGGUGCGAGAAAAUACGAUUUUUCAGAUCUUCGUCUAGAUUGGAAAACCCUAAAGUGACAAAACUAAUUGUAUAGGGCUCGAGAGUUCGAGCAGCGAAAGCAUAAUAGACGAAUUACCGAUGAUUUUCAGCUGGAGAUAGUAGGCCUGAACAAGCAUACCUACGAAACUAGGUAUAAGAUUCUAGACAUGAACGUCCUUGAGAAGGAGAACCUGACCAAGUACGAGGUGCAUUUAAAGAUCGAUAAUUUAAACGUGGAGGACAUGUUCGACCGCAACAGAACCGAAGAGCUCCUCGAUAUAUUUAGAAAGAGGUUGUGGAAAGACGCGGCGGACUUGUACGUGACUUUCCUAGCAUCCGCUGUCGAGCUCGGUGCUCGUUUACCUUUGAAACCGAGCGAAGGUGAAGGAGGGAUUGUAAAAGGGCUGAAACAUCAAAAUGAAAUAAAAUAAAAUGGAAAUAUCUAUGAUAAUCUUCCCUUGUAGUUUGCAUGUUUAAUUUUGUGGAGAAUUAGGGGCUAUUAGGUGAAGGAUGAUUCACCGGCGAUACGAUGAGAAGUUCAAAGGAUAAAAUUUUCAGGAAAAUCCUUUCUAUAAUACGUGACGUGAGAAAGUCAGAUAAAGAAUGAUUCGAUUAAAAUACAAUGGAAUGACAAGCAAAAAUCUUGCAAUUUAAUCUAUGUAAGACAGUGUCCUACCCGCAGAUUAUUGUAAACAGGAAAAUUAAUUCUAACAAAAAUGUAUUGCAACGUCAUGAGAGUCAUCGGCCGAUCAUGGCGAAUGGAAAUUACAUCUGUCGGCAGGCUAUCCCCGACUUUUGACCGAGAUAACGGAUAACGGGAAGCGAUGCAUAGUCAGGAAAGCUGUGACGCAAGUUCGAACACUAGGUAUCCGACGUGCCGCAGAACACGUACACGCAAAUCUCACAGGUGUUCAGCCGGGAAAAGUUAAGAAAUUUAAAAAUCCCUUUUAGUCUUACACAUUCGUAAUGAAGAUGAUAGUUUGACAGCAGAUGGAUGGUCUGACAAAUAGUAAGAGAGAAAGAAACAAGAGUGUCAAAGAUGCAUAUUCUUUUUCUCUACAGAUGGAAUCUAUUUUAUAUCGAAUGCAUUUCAGUUUCAUUGUUGCAAACACGGCAGGAAGAAAUUAGGAACAUCAGUAUAGCGUGACGACAUUACCUAACACUUAGGCAAAGAUAACAAUUUUUUGUAUGCUGAACGCUGACCAAUCCAAAAUUUCCAGACUCGAACAUCUGACGCUUAUAGGAAAUUCCAUUUUAAUACAUAAAAAAAAAAAAAUGUGUAUUCUUUUUUUGCUCGCGUCAGAGUCGUCAUAAGGCUGGGCAGCUCGAUGCCAUUCUCGCAAGAACUGAACGAACUGCAGGAAGAAGUGAAACCUCUAUGGAAAUUACCGUCCUGCCCUCGGGAUUUUAAGCGCACCAGCGUCGAGAGACUUUUCCGAGAGGCAACGUUCGCGUUAGAUUGGUGCUCGUUCAGACUGGUCGAGCAGGAACAGCAGAGCUUGCAACAAGAAAGCGCUAGGCGAGGACCGAGUUUGAAUGUGUUGGAUUUGCCAGCCUCUGGCAUAUCUGAGCACACGGAAUGGCGUUGGGCUAGGUCAACCAAAGCUAGCAUUCCCACGAGAAGUUAUUUCGAAGAAAUUGCCACUACGAUUUUCGUCCCGGCGAUCCUGCUUCUUGUGCUGGCUGCUCUAUUAAGCACGGUCCUCUGCCUCGAGCGUGAGAAAAUCGAAAAGAGAGAAACUUCGACAGCGGAUGGAGUUAGCAACAACAACAUACAAAUGGUCCAGUAUGCUGCCAUUGAAAGGGGUACAUUGAAAUCGCUUUCUGCUCAACCAACCAGCCCCAAUGAUUCCCUGAUACCUAGUCCCAGAGUGGGUCUUCGAACAGAUUUCUGACUACACGAGGAGCCAGCAAAAACGUGGUUUUGCUGAAUUAACAACGAUUUAUAAUCGUAACUACAAGAAGAAUCGCAAAAUCAUUGGAACUGGCUCCGUAUUGUCUAUUGCUUUGUAAUUUGAUAUGGAUAACAUGUGUUACAUAGAUUGUUUUAAGACUGCAUAGAUUUAAUGAAGAUAUUCUUUUUAAAUUGCACAAAAUUAUGACAUAGUGGAAACAUAUCUUCUGUUGCACAGAAGGAUUUCAUUACUACAGCACAAAUUAAUAUGUGAAUUUAAUAUUUAUUUAUUAGGUAUAUAAUGUUUCUAUUUAAUAUUAAAAUAAUUUUAAAAUCUUAGCCAAUUCUCAUGCUAGUCAUUUUAAGUAUAACGGUGCUAUGAUGCAAUAUUAAUUAAUACAACGUGAAUUCUCAAACUAAA